AUGAACAUGAAUGUCUGUUCAUAUCUAUCUCAGCCUGUUCAUAUCUAUCUAUCUAUCUAUCUAUCUAUCUAUCUAUCUAUCUAUCUAUCUAUCUCCAUCUGUUCAUAUCUAUCUAUCUAUCUAUCUAUCUACCCCAUCGCCACACCAGCUGCUGCCAGGGAAAGGGCACCAAGGUCAUUAAGAACAAAGUUACAUCUUCAAUGUCUGAUAAAGCAACAGCACUUUUUCUUUCUUUUCUUCUUUCUUUCUUUCUUUCUUUCUUUCUCUUUAAAUACUUUUAAUAGUUUACUUUCUUUCAUUUUUUGUUUCUCCUUUCUUUCUUUAUUGAAUACUUUUGAAUAUUUUUUCAUUCAUUCUUCCUUUCCUUUUUUAAAUACUUUUAAUACUUUCUUUUUCUUUCUUUCUUUCUUUCUUUAUCAAAUACUUUUAAUACUUUCUUUUUCUUUCUUUUUCAAAUACUUUUAA